AUGAAUUGGUUCUUCGACUGGGAUGGAACAAUGACCACAGCAGACACCCUUUCGGUUGUUGCGUCGAUCGGUUACAACAAGCAUAGAGACCAGAAACUGCCCCCAUGGUCGUAUUUCACAAAUGCAUACCUUUCAGAUUACAAGGCCCACAAAGCAAUGCAUGAAUCGAAACCGGGGUCUAGCAACUCUAUCGAGGAGUUUCUGGAGUGGCAGGAGAACCUUGUUGAGGUCGAACGGGCAAGCGUCGAGCGGGUUGAGCGGGCAGGCAUAUUUGCAAACGUUACUAUCACUGACAUCGACAAUGCUGCCAGAGAAGCGGUACAAAGUCGAAGCGUACUGUUGAGGCCCGGGCUGGUGUCUCUAAUCGAAAAAAUUCAAGAACGAGGCGGUUCGACGACAAUCGUUAGCAUUAAUUGGAGUGCUAGAUUCAUAUAUUCGUGUCUGGGGAGUGCUCGAGAACCUCGAACCCAGGCACAACCUCACAAGGUCAAUAUUAGAGCGAAUGAAAUCGGAAGUGGAUCAAGCGCAAAGUUGACACGGACAUCUGCAGUCGAAGACCGAGGUAUCUGGACCGCUCGUGACAAGGAGAGAAUGAUGCUGGCCGAGCUGGAGGCCGAACCACAGCAGCGAAAUUCUGUCUAUAUUGGAGACAGCCCAAACGAUCUGUCGUGUUUGCUUCUGGCCAAUGUGGGUAUUUGUAUCCGAGACAACGAGUUGAACAAUGAACAAAGCAGCCUGCGGGAACUUCUCCACCGCUUCAAUAUUGCUUGUCAGCACAUCGGAAAGUACUCGCAUAGAAGGUCCACAGAUUACAAGUCAUUCAAACGGCUCUGGUGGGCCAAAGAUUUCAAUGAGAUCCGUGAAAGUGCUCUAUUCGAACACGAGCAUAUGAGCUUGGAAUAG